AUGUACGCUCUGGUGAGGCUGUGCGCUCCACUCCUGCUCCUCCUCUAUGUCCACGCAGAUGUUGUAAAUCGAUUUGAGGAUGUGCCCGAUUGCUUGGUGUAUUUUUACAAACAGAAGGUACCGGAGCUGGGGUCCUCUACACCUGGUGUUGCACGUCUUUGUCAGCGCUUUGUGAACAGGUACCACUUUGCUACGCUGUACAACACCAUCAAUCGCAUCGCCGUCUACUCUGCUUACAUAUUCCAGACCAGCAAUGGAGGUGGCAGGGAGAGCAGAUGGUUUGUCGAGCCUCAGCUGGUGGAUUCCUCCUGGCAAGCAGAGAUGAAGGAUGGUUACUGGCUGGGAAGAGAUUAUCCUGAUGUUUACCUUGGAGAGAAUCAAGCUCUGAAUGAAGACUACACCAACUCCGGCUUUGACCGCGGCCACCUCAACCCCAACGGACACCAUGCAGUGCCCAGCCGCAAUGCGACGUUCACCCUCACCAACGUCGUCCCUCAGAACCCAACAACGAAUCAAAAUGCCUGGAGAAUCCAUGAGAGCGACCUCACCACCCUCUUCAACGCGAAGUGCUCCAAGGCCUACGUGCUGGUCGGGGCGGUCCCCUCCGCGAACAACUGGAUCAUUAAAAACAACGUGAAGCGCGUCAACAUCCCAGAUUACGUGUGGAACGCCUACUGCUGCGUGGACAACAACGGCGUGCCCAUUGACAGUGGUGCAGGCACAGCCAGAAACACAGACGAGAACAAGGUGCAGAAGAUCUCUGUGACCCAACUGGCAGACUUCCUGCAGCAGUUCUCCAAUGAACCAGUAGGGGAGCUGUUCUACAAUAACUGCAAGGCUUAA